UCGAGGAGAAGAAUCAAACCCACCAUGGAUGACGGUUUUCAGAAUGAAGACUAUUGGAAUGAAGAUUACCAGAAUGACAUUGUUUCAGACAAUGUGUCUCAUAAUGCUGAAGUUUCCUCAGAGUCAGAACAUGGAAGCACAGAAUCAGUGGUUUUGGACCAGCAGGGAUAUGAGAAUGCUGCGCAGGAAUAUGAGUAUAUUGGGUUUUCUGGCAUCUGGCUGAGAAGGCUACCAGAGAAGGGAGAGGAAAGAGAACCAGCACUGUUUACAUUUGAAGACGGCAAGUGGGGACCCUUUGGCAGGAAACCCUUCAUGAUCUUCUCAGUUCUCUUGCUCUGCUCCUUGAUCAUAGUGACAGCUGCUCUCAUAAUGGCGUUUCUUAGAUGCUUUCCAAAGUGUGCAGAUGACUGGUAUAAGUUUCAGGAGAAAUGCUACUACUAUUCCACGGAAAGAAUGGAACAGAAUACAGCUAGACGUUACUGCCAAGCCCUAGGUGCAGAUCUAAUAGUGAUUGACAGUGAAAAUGAACAGGACUUUCUGAAAGAUGAACUGCAGAUAAGCAAGGAAACCUGGAUUGGACUGACUUACAUAGAGGCUGGAAGAAAGUGGAUGUGGCAAGACUUCAAAAAUCAUUCCUACACAAACUGGAAUGGAAGGACAGAACCAAGCCGUUCCCAACGACACUGUGUGAUUUUGGACCCCGCGUAUGAAUUAAAUUGGAAGGACACCGAGUGCCAAAGACGCUUUGGCUCCAUUUGUGAAAAGAGCAGGCACAUUGCCUGUGCCCUGCAGUCCCCAUUCUUACCGCAUUGA